AUGGCUCUGGUUGCCUACAGAAACAUUCUGCGCGCCACGCGCAUUGCCUUCCGAGGCGAUGCCCCCGUCCUCGCCGCAGCCCAGAGCCAGAUCCGGCACGAGUUCCGGCAAAAGUCAUCACUCGACUCGGCCAGCGCCGACGCCCAGGCUGCCAUCCAGCACGCCCAGCAGGUGGCCAGGAUCCUGCGCGAAAACGUCGUCCAGGGGAGGAAGGCCGAAGGCCGAGACGACACUUAUAAGCUUCGCAUUCACGAACACACCGAGAGAGGAGACAACGAAAGCAUACUCACGGCUGGAUCGGACAGCGCCAUGGGAGGAUGCGGAUGCAGAUGA